CAAUGCACAUCAAAUCCCAGCUACCGGAUCUACCACCCAUUCCGGACGCAAACGUCUUCGACCUGUUCUUCAAGGCCCCGCAGGGCGCACAGAUCGCAGAUUACACUGUCUAUGUCGAUGCUGCCACUGGGCUCAAACACUCGCUCCGCAAUUACUACGAGUUCGUGCGCGACGCAGCGACGGCGCUCGGUGUGCCGCCAGCACGCGGCGGUCUGGGGCUCGGUGGCGAGGCAGGCGACAUUGUCGGCAUAUUCAGCCACAACUGCGUGAGUUAUGCCGCACUUGUACACGCGCUCCUCGCAAUUACGACGCCUUUUGCGAACCUGUCGGCGUAUGCCACGGCGUAUGAGCUCGCGCACAGCCUCAAAACGGUAAAGCCGAAUUAUUUGUUCGUGCAGCCAGCCCUGCUUCCCACUGCACUCGCUGCGGCGAAGGAAGUUGGCCUGCCUGAGAAGCAGAUUUACAUUUUGGAAGGUAGCAGCGGUGACGAACGCCUGAGUCUACAAGACCUAGUCAACCGCAUCCGAAAGGGCUCUAUUUCACGCGAGCCGGUUCGUCUUGCUAAUAAGAACACUCUGGCAUACUUUGUGUUCUCGAGUGGAACUAGUGGUCUGCCAAAGGCUGUCAUGAUUUCGCAUGGGAAUCUUUGGGCGAUGGUGCUCUCGCAAGCAAUAUGGAGACAGGAGGAGAUAAAGUUUCUCCGCGAGCUGACCCCGCCCAAAGCACCGCCUGUUGCCCUGUGUUUUCUACCAAUGUACCACGCCUACCCCCUGAACAUUGUCGCAUUCCGCAUGUUUGGCAUGGCCCCCGUGACUUUCGUCAUCAUGGAGAAGUGGGAGGCCAGUGCAGUCUUGAAAGCCAUCCCCAAGUACCGCAUCGAAGCCCUUGCGCUAGUCCCAUCUGCCGUGCACCAGCUGCUAAACCAUCCCGAUUCCGCCAAAACCGACUUCAGUUCGUUGGCCAGCGCGGGAUGCGGCGCGGCGCAUCUUCCUACGACACUGCGGGACAACUUCCUGUCGCACUUCGGCAACGUAACGCUGUCGGAAGGGUACGGCAUGUCGGAGCUGACUUUCGGGAUUUCUCGCAAGUCCUUCGACGGCAUGUUUGGCCUGAAGGUGCCGGACUCGACAUGCGGCCUCAUCAACUCCAACGUUGAGGUCCGGACGGUCCGCGAGGACGGCUCGGAGGCGGACGUUGACGAGCCCGGGGAGCUGUGGGUCAAGGCGCCUGUCGUGGCGCUUGGCUACUACGGGAACGAGCAAGCGACGCAGGAGACGUUCGUCGACGGUUGGGUGAGGACAGGAGACCAGAUGCGCAUCGACAAGGACGGGUUUUUGCACUUUGUCGAGCGCAAGAAGGACACGCUCAAGGUCGGCGGAGCGCAAGUCUCGCCGAGCGAGAUAGAGAAUGUCCUGCACGCGCAGCCAGACGGGCUCAUCACUGAUGCGUGCGUCGCCGGGGUGUCCGGCGGCAGGACGUCGGACGAGAAGGUUCCGCGGGCUUGGGUUGUGCUCAGCGAUGAGGGCAAGCGCAGGGGAGCCGAAGAGGCCGUCAAGGCGUUGGAAGCGUGGACGAAAAAAAAUCUCAGCCCGUACAAGUGGUUGCGGGGUGGAUUCGAGGUUGUCAACGAGAUUCCUAAAAGUCCGACGGACAAGAUCUUGAGACGUCUGUUGCAAGAGAGGUUUGAAGCCCAGUAUACAGCUAGAGCGAAAUUGUAGACUUUUAAUUGCAGCUACUGUGCAUUACAAGACCGCCCUAUAAACGCUAUUAUUGGACUUGGGAUGGCAAUCAGGAGCCAGCCAAUGCCAUCUUAC